AUGGCUGCUUCAACCCUCACUCUCCGCUCCUCGUCGAGGUUACUUCUACAAGCUACUCCAAGCUCAGGCCUCAGUCACAAUGUCGCCCACAGAAUACAGAAUGCUGCACUGCGGCCCCUUCCAAUGCUGUCUGCCCUCAGCCGAUACUAUGCCUCAAAGUCAUUCCCAGCGCACACUGUCAUCACCAUGCCUGCGCUUUCGCCGACCAUGACCGCGGGAAAUAUUGGCGCGUGGCAGAAAUCGGUUGGCGACGGCCUGGCUCCCGGAGACGUGCUGGUCGAGAUUGAGACAGACAAGGCGCAGAUGGACUUUGAGUUUCAGGAAGACGGCGUGCUUGCCAAGAUCUUGAAAGAGACUGGGGAGAAAGAUGUGGCCGUUGGCAGCCCUAUCGCAGUCAUGGUUGAAGAGGGCGAAGAUACGUCCGCCUUCGAGAGCUUCACCAUCGACGAUGCUGGCGGCGAAAAGUCCCCUCCAAAAGAAGCGCCAAAGGAGGAAGCAUCUCAGUCCAGCGAACCACCCGAGUCAGGUUCUGACACUGCACCACCAAAGUCCGAGUCCAAAUCCGCGCCGCCUCCCGAGGAUAGCUCAGCAUCGAGUGGAAGACUUCAGAGUGUGCUUGACCGAAGGCCACCAAAGGGCUCCGAGAAGUCCCCUGCUGCGUCAGGAGGUGCUGCACCCGCUGCGGCUCCCGCGGCUGCUGCUGCGCCUUCAUACGAGGACAUCCCGGCCACCUCGAUGCGCAAGACCAUUGCCAGCCGACUGAAGGAGUCGAUGAACCAGAAUCCUCACUACUACGUCUCAACUACCCUGUCCGUUGGCAAGCUUCUCAAGCUACGAGAAUCACUCAAUGCCUCGGCCAAUGGUGCCUACAAGCUGUCGGUCAACGACUUCCUCAUUAAAGCCUGCGCCGUCGCCUGCAAGAAGGUGCCGGCAGUAAAUUCCAGCUGGAGAGAAUCCGGCGGCCAGACUGUCAUCCGGCAAUACAGUACCGUCGAUGUCUCCGUUGCGGUCGCUACUCCAGUCGGCCUGAUGACACCCAUCGUCAAGAAUGCUGACACAAUUGGUCUGACGGCUAUCUCGAAUGCCGUCAAAGAUCUCGGCAAGCGCGCGCGAGAUGGCAAGCUCAAGCCCGAGGAGUACCAAGGAGGCACAUUCACAAUCAGCAACAUGGGCAUGAAUGCUGCGGUUGAGAGAUUCACAGCAGUGGUCAACCCGCCACAGGCAGCUAUCCUGGCGGUCGGCACAACUCGCAAGGUAGCGGUGCCCGUGGAAACAGAAGAGGGUACUCUGACGGAGUGGGAUGACCAGAUUAUCGUUACCGCAAGCUUUGAUCACAAGGUUGUCGACGGCGCGGUCGGAGGCGAGUGGAUAAGAGAGCUGAAGAAGGUGAUCGAGAAUCCUUUGGAGAUGCUUCUAUGA